CUUUCAUUUUCUCAAGAUAAGGGAUGGGUGGAGUGGGGCUGGGUACAAAAUAGCGUCUGUUUGCUCGAGGAACCUUGGGCGAUUUUGUGGUCGUGGCAUAAAUUCCGCCCAUCCUCCUUCACAGCGUGCAAGUGCUGCUACGGUCGGAGUUUUGAUGUUAUACUUGGAGUUCUCGACAGUGUUGUAAACCGUGCUCCAGGAAUGACGUUGGCAUUGAGGCCUGAUGGUGUAUUUUGAAGCACGACCAAAGACCAUACCAAUUGGUCCAAAAAAAAACUCCCGCGCGCGCCUUGCAUUUUUUUUUUGUUUUACAGGGUGCACGGACACGUAUGUUCUCGGUUGCGCAAUCGAGAAAUACCCCGAGCUGAACCAAGUGUGCAACAAUCUCCUCCCCGAGGGCGCUCAGCGAGAGGACGACGGGACCGGAGAGGGUGUUGUCUGCACAGGAGGUGCCGACCGCCGGGCUGCCGCCAAGCGGGAGGGCGCCAGGCUCAACGAGCAGAACAGGCGGGGAAAAAAGCCAAAAAAUAAGGGGGUGGGGCAAAGCGUGGCAGAGGCUACGUCCGCUGCCAUGAAAACCGCACUCAACGAUAUUGAGUCACUGCUGGAAAAGGUUGGCGGAUCAGAAAAAUUAGNAGCUGAUAGAAGUGGGGGAUAG